UCAAGUUGUAUUAUUAUUAUUAUUAUACUAAUUGAAGUAUAUAUAUAUUACUAUAUAUUUUAAAACUAUUUUUACUAUUAUGACUCGAAUAAUAACAAUUUUCGUUUUGUUAGCAGCCAUUGCGUAUUCUAACGCAUAUCCUGAUGGCAGCCCGGAAAAUGAAGACGUGAAGUGCGAUGUCAAUGAAGAAUUUACGAGUUGUGGUUCAGAAUGUGUGGAUACUUGUGAGAAACCGGCAUCGCCUAUUUGUAAUCUCAAAUGCGUUAUUGGCUGCCAAUGCAAACCAGGUUUCGUAAGAAACAGAGAAAGCAAGUGCGUUUUGACUCGUGAUUGUUGAAUUCAUAAAGUGAAAAACUAAAUAUCGACAAAUUAUAUAUA